AUGGACCUUUGCAUCACCAUUAAAGGAGUUUCGUUCCUCCUGCAGACCGGGCUGGGAAUUCUGGGUAACGCAUCUGUGCUGAUGGCGUACGCUCAUAUGGCUUUCGUAGAGCCUCGCCUGCAGCCCGUGGACAGAAUCCUGGCUCACCUGGCCUUCAGCAACCUGCUGCUACUACUGACGCGUGGCGUGCCACAGACCAUGGUCAUCUUCGGCCUGCACAACCUGCUGAACGAUCCGGGCUGCAAAGUGGUGAUCUACGCCUACCGCAUCCACCGCGCCCUCUCUGUCUGCCUCACCAGCAUGCUGAGUGUCUUCCAAGCGCUGACCAUCAUGCCGUCAGCCGGACCGUACCUGACCAGACUGAAAUCUCGUCUCCCGCAGCUGGUCGUGCCCACCUUCGUAGGGCUGUGGCUCCUCAACAUGGUCGUCUGCACCGGCGCUGCGCUUUUCGCCUUGGCACCUCGGAACGGCACCGUGCCUGCCUUCACCCUUAACCUCGGCUUCUGCCACGUCGACUUCCGUGACAACUUGUCGUACGUGGUGAACGGCGCGGCACUCUCGACGCGAGACUUCACCUUCGUGGCCAUCAUGCUGGCGUCCAGCGGCUACAUCCUCGUCUUGCUGCACAAACACAGCAGGCAGGUCAGGUCCAUCCGACGCGCUCAGCAAGGAACCUCCAUGGAGCUGCGGGCGGCUAAGACCGUCGUCAUGCUGGUGGUGCUGUACACCGUAUUCUUCGGCAUCGACAACGUGAUCUGGAUCUACAUGCUGACGGUGGCUCAGGUCCCGGCCGUUGUGGCGGACAUGAGAGUGUUUUUCUCAUCGUGCUAUGCCACAUUCAGUCCUUUCCUCAUGAUAAGCACCAAUAAGAAGAUAAAGGAGAGGAUGAUGUGUGCGGCUGGAGAACAGUCGGCCGAACACUCCAUCGAGAAACCAAGCAAAUAA